CUGAGCUCGGUGCUUCAGAGGAACAGCCACGGAUACGGAUGUGUUCUCACCAAGAGGCAGAGGGUCUGACUCCUGCUCCAGUUUAAAGCAGACUGCAAGGAAAGAAGGCUAAUGUACACCGAGCAUCUGAGGAACACCACGCAAGUCCUCCAGCACAUUGGAUCCAAAAACCCGGUCCAGUUCCUCAGACACCAUCAGAGACUGUUUUGAAAGCCCUCUACUAUCAAUCUGGAUAAAAAGAAACUUUGCCAACCACUGCAAUGUUGGACAACACCCGCCUCUCCAACACCACCCUAAGAGAGUCCAGCUUCUGAUCAGUUUACUGAGUCUGUUGGCGUCUGCGACCCUCAACCCUCUGUCCCAGCAUGCAACAGCACAGAGGAUAGCACUGACCACAACAGACUCAUAGACAAUUCUGAGCAUUGGUCGACAGAUGUUGAAGGACCUCAGAGACUGUGGCCCUUCCUGUAGAGGGCAGUGGUGUUUUUAACCACGUCCGGUUUAUUAUCAGUGUGUACUCUGAGGUAUUUACCGUACUCCACAACGUCCACAUCAACCAUGUCCACUGAAAACGAGUGACUCCUGCUGGGUGUGCUCCAGGGGUAAAAAUGUGUGGAGUUUAUCUAAACGCAGGAAGGAAAGCUUGAAGAAAGCACCGCUGUGCGUCCAGCACAGAGCCACAGCCUGCUGGGUGAAAGCAAAGAACAAAUAUAAAGAGUGUUCACAGCAGCAAACAGGCUGACUGACCUUUGACCCUCACUGCCCUCAGUCAUUACUGUUUAUAUGAUGAUGAUAAUGAUGGUGAAACGUUUCUCCCAUGAAGGCGUCCUUUCCUGCUCUGUGAUGGACAGAGAAACCUCCAUGAUGAGCACUGCUGCUGACGAGCUGCUGGAGGCCAGUUUCUCCAGGAUAAAGAUUUUGGACCACUAUAGAGAUCAGCUUACAGCCCUGUCUGAGGAGCUCAAGGAACUAAAGCCAAAAUAUAACAGGACAGGAUGUGUUAAGUUUUUUUCAAGGAGAUCAUCUUCCCUAUUGUCUUGUCCUGAAAUCACUGAAUCACUGGAGAAGUUGCAGAAGAUAGAAGGUGAAAUCAAUGAAGCCCAGCAAAAAAACGAGGAACUGUUAGAGAAGCUGAAGAUUUCUACAAACAGCUGUGAGCACGUCGUGGAAGAAAUUCUGUCAGCAGCAGCAAAAAGACUUAAAGUCAAGAACCAAAUUAACUUCAGCUCAGCAUCAGCUCGAAAACUCAUCCAAGAAAUGUCUCGAUGUGAGUUUCAGCACAUCCUCGAAGGAAAAGUGGUGGUUGGAUCUGUAGAUGGUGGAAAGGAGUUGCCACUUCCUGAAGUCAUUCAAAUGUCGACAGAAUUAAUCCGGAAGAAUCAUGUGACCGAAGCUAGCGAAUCACUGAGAGCUGCAGCUGACAAGAUCAAAAAGUUCAUCUGGGACCUUUUUCAGCAAUUCAGCAACAUUGAAGACAAGGUGAUCAAGCUACCUCAACAAGCAGGUGAAGAACAGUCUGCCUCCGAAACAAGGAGUGGUGGUGACAACAAGGAAGAAAGUAAUCAACCAAGUGAGGAGAGUGGUGUUGAUGACACAAAGAA